AUGUUCAAGAACUCCCGGAUCAAGGCUGCGCCUAAAGUAGUCCGAACUGAGCAGGCCCCCGUCGCAAAGAAACCGCAACCACUCCCUUCGAAAAUUGCUUUCUCGGCGCGAAGACAACAGCAGAUCGCUCGUUCGAAUGCUUCUUCGUUAAGGUCUUCACCAGCGAUUUCAAACAGGUCCAGUCCCCUAACAUCGCCAUCGGAGGACCACGAGCUAUCAUCGCGCCACCUCCAGGUUCCAAAGCGCAAGCCUAUACGACAAAGUUCACCUUCUGAUCGACCCAAAUUCGAUGAGUCUGAUGAUGAUGAGGAUGAUAGCACUUCGUUCGAGCAACCGGCUCAGAAGCGACAGAAGGUGCAAGAUAAAGUUGGAAGGAAGAGGCAACUUCGGUCCUGGAAGGCUUUCUCUGAUGGUGAUGGAGGGAAGUUCAAAAUGAUCCACGCUGCUGAAAUCGUUGCGCCUUUGAGGAAACCCAAGGCUGUAGCGGAUACUUCUAUUGAGGAUGUGAUCGUGGAGUUACAAUACCCCAGUGCUUCGCAGAGGGAAAGAUAUGACCUCCACUUCGGCAAGGACAGAAUUGAUUCAGUAGGAGAGAUCAUCGAAAUCGCCAAAGUUGUCACGGAGGUCUAUUUAACAGACAAACAAGCGGACCCCUUUCUGGGCCAAGACAAUGGGAAGGUCAUUCGAGAACUCGAGAAGGCCAGGAAUACCUUACGGAAAGAACCCACCCAAAGUCGACGGGAAGAUUUCAAAAAGGCAGUGGAUGAUUACAACACAGCUAUUCAGAUGCUUAUACAGGAUGGCGCUCUCGCGAAGAACCUCGACAAUCGAUAUGAUCUACCUCUUAAAAUGGUCCAGUUGAUAUUGAAGCAAGUGUAUGACCGCGCAGUCUCACCUGACGUGGACUCGUUACGGAAAUAUGAGGCCGGCUCGGACAAUGUUUAUGGUGAACUACUUUCGCCUUUGGUCGAUCGAAUUUUCGACAAGACAAAGAUUACCUCAGAUCAAGUUUUCGUUGAUCUUGGGUCCGGUGUUGGUAAUGUUGUACUACAAGCCGCUCUACAAAUUGGCUGUGAGAGCUGGGGCUGUGAAAUGGCGCCCAAUGCAUGCAAGUUAGCAAAGGCCCAGAAAAAGGAAUUCAAGGCUCGGUGCCGACUCUGGGGGAUUGCAACUGGCGAGGUACAUCUGGUGGCAGAUGAUUUUACGACGAACAGGCCGAUCCAGGACGCUAUGAAACGUGCGGACGUGAUUCUUGUCAAUAACGAAGUCUUCAGCUCUGAACUGAACCAUACUCUAAACCUCCUGUUCCUGGAUUGCAAAGACGAUUGCAAGAUUGUAUCACUGAAAUCUUUUGUCCCCGAAGGCCACCAGAUCACCGCGCGCAACAUAGGCAACCCUGCAAAUGUUCUCGAUGUGAAGAAACUUCAAUACUACCGUGGCGAUGUAAGUUGGACAGAUGCAGGUGGUGAUUAUUACAUUGCCACGAAGGACAGUCAACGUCUUGCGGACUUCGAGAGAUAA